CCGCCCUGCGCCCCGCCCAGACCGCCCCACACCGCCUCCCAAUGCUCCGUGCAUCUUCGGUCGCCUCAGUCUCCGUGGUCGGCUUUCCUCACCCCCCCAAAAUGUGCUCUCCAGCAGGCUUUGAAAUGUCCUAGUUCCAAAGGGUUGAAGGGGGAGUCACCCAACAGGUGUUUCAGCAGGGCUCCCCAUCACCCACCCUCUGACGAUGGCCCUCUCCAGACGAUUUUUUUAUUUGGGUUCACAGUUUUUACCACCCUACUUUAACUUUUACCACCAUAUCUUAGCACACAACUGAGUAUGAAGCAGUGGCUCACUGACACUGAGGAUCUGGAUGUUACACCAAAAGACUGCUGCAAUUAAAAGUCAAAUUGCUUGCAGUGGCUGAUUGCCCCUAAUGACUUCUAUACACUGCACAAAUAUGAGGAGGUUUGUGCUGGCGGCUCUGCGCCAGCUCUGUCAGCCUCAGUGGGAGUGGAGUCAUGUGGUUAUAAGGAAACAUUGCUAAUAAUCACAUGAACACCUGGAUCACCCUGAUUUAUAAAGCUCUGGAUUGAUAUUGUUUGUGCUUGGCACACUCAGGCAAGCUAUAGCACAGGAUAUUUGAACUGAAGUGUGGUACUUCAUUUGCAGGAAAGGAAAUUUGCCAGAAGCUUUUCAAAGACACAGAGCAGAUCUGAGACUGCCUUGAAGUGGACAACAACACUUUCCACAGCCUUGGCUAGGCGAAGCAUUUAUUUUACAGUCAAGUGAUGCACAGGAGUUAUCCUCCUUACCUCUCUGCACCUCACUUUCCCUAUUAAUUCAUUCAGUUUUUCUGUACAGCAAGGAGGUGUGAGGAGAGGUUUGCAAACAAUGACAUUUGUAUGGUGCAUAGAGAUCUAGGAGGAAAUAGAAUCAGAUUUCCUAGCAGUGGGAGGUUGAGAUGACUGAGAACCAGCCCCACAGAAUGCUAUUAGAGGAAAAAACAUAGAAGCUAAAUGAAAAUCUAAGUUGGGCUCAAUUUCUAUAGUGAGGUUCACUGCUGUAUGUGGAAGCCUUCCUUUGCACAUGCACUGGCUGCUGGGGAGAGAGGGCAAAGCAAGGGACUGGGUUCUCUCUGCUACAUCCUCCUUUUACACUAGAGUGGGGCAAAUUUCCUCAUCUCUUCCAGGGCUGAACGCUGGAGGUGGGAAGAGCCCUCAAAUGUUUUGUCAUUUCCAAGAGUUUAAUGCAUCCAAAAUUGUGCUAAUAUCUAAGAUGUCCUUCUUGUUUCCACAGCCCGUGCCAAACCACUGCUGCCCUUCCAGCUCCUUCCACGCUGCCCUGUGCACUCGCUGCUGGUGUUUGGGAAGUGACGCUCCUUUUCCAGGCUCCACUGGCGAUGGAGGAGGCAGAGGAUUGCAGGGCACGUGUUUCAUUGCUCUCCCUGCCUCUAAACACACUGUCCAUCUCUUAGAGGGUAAAAAUAAAGCAGCAUUGUUUAAUUUCUGGAAAAAGCCAGAUGACAGUGGAAGGGGUCAGAAAUAUGCAUACCAGCACUCCCCAUCCCUCUGUCUCAGCUGUUGCUUCCUGAGAGACAGAAGCAUGUGGUUGCUAAAAAUACCCUUGCAAAGAGAAUACAUUCCCUCUCCAAUGGGAGAGUAUAAAUUAGUCUGAGUCCUAACAUACACAACUGCUUGUGGCUGGGAGAAACAAUUCCAAACGUGGUUUUUGGAGGGGGUUUCCUAAGAAACAGAAGACCCAGCCCUGUGUAGAUCGGCAAUAGUGCAUGGAAGAUCUCCUCCUGCCUUUCGUGCUCCCACCCCCUCUCCCUCCUAUGUGAUACGGUGCAGCUGGGGGUGGGGGUAGGCCAGCCCUUUUAUAAACGUGGUCUUGUGGCAAGGCAAAGUUGACAGGAGUGACGGAAGAUUUGGCUCGCUGCAAGAUACCUGGGAAUGACCAGAGGGGCAAUGGAGUCAGUUGAAGUGUUCACGACUGAAGGCAAAGGCAGGGGCUUGAAAGCACAGAAGGAAUUCUUGCCUGGAGAUGUCAUCUUUGCGGAGCCAGCCUACGCUGCUGUGGUUUUUGAUAGCCUGACACACGUCAUCUGCCACACCUGCUUCAAACGGCAGGAGAGGCUCCACCGUUGUGGCCAGUGCAAGUUUGCUUACUAUUGUGACCGGACCUGCCAGAGAGAUGCCUGGCUGAACCACAAAAAUGAGUGCUCUGCCAUCAAGAAGCACGGCAAGGCACCCACUGAGAACAUCAGGCUGGCAGCCCGGAUCCUGUGGCGGAUAGAGAGGGAAGGCAGUGGUAUUCCGGAGAACUGCCUGGUCUCUAUUGACGAUCUGCAAAACCAUGUGGAGAACUUUGAUGAGGAGGAGAAGAAGGACCUCCGUGUCGAUGUGGAAAGCUUCCUGGAGUUCUGGCCGGCACAGAGCCAGCAGUUUGGCAUGCAGUACAUCUCCCACAUAUUUGGAGUGAUCAACUGCAAUGCCUUUACCCUCAGUGACCAAAGAGGACUGCAAGCUGUUGGUGUGGGAAUCUUCCCCAACCUCUGCCAAGCCAACCAUGACUGCUGGCCCAACUGUACUGUCAUCUUCAACAAUGGCAAGAUUGAGCUGCGGGCACUGAGCAAGAUCUCCCCAGGAGAUGAGCUGACUGUGUCCUACGUGGACUUCCUUAAUGUGAGCGAAGAGCGGCAGAAGCAGCUGAAGAAGCAGUAUUACUUUGACUGCACCUGCGAGCACUGCAAGAAAAAGAUCAAAGAUGACCUGAUGCUGGCAGUGAAGGAGGGGGACAAAAAGCCUUCUGCAGAGACAGUGAAGGAAGUUAUCCAGUUCUCCAAGGACACACUGGAGAAGAUCAACAAGGCCCGCUUGGAGGGAUCUUACCAUGAAGUUGUGAAGCUGUGCCGCGACUGUCUGAAAAAACAGGAGCCUGUACUGGGGGACACAAACAUCUACCUUCUAAGGAUCCUCAGCAUUGCCUCUGAGGUGCUCUCCUACCUCCAGAUGUUUGAGGAAGCAGCUGAAUAUGCCAAGAGGAUGGUGGACGGCUACAUGAAAAUAUACCAUCCCAACAACGCACAGCUGGGGAUGGCUGUGAUGCGAGCGGGAGUGACCCACUGGCAUGCUGGCCUCAUUGAAGCUGGACACAGCAUGAUCUGUAAAGCCUAUGCCAUUCUCCUGAUAACGCAUGGACCUUCUCACCCAAUUACCAAAGACCUGGAGGUCAUGCGUGUCCAGACGGAGAUGGAGCUGCGCAUGUUCCAGCAGAACGAGUUCAUGUACUACAAGAUGAGGGAAGCUGCCCUCAAAAACCAGAAGAUUCAAGUCAUGCCUGAACCCAGCAAUGAGGCCCCACCCGGCCUCUUCCACAAGAAGGAAUAAAUGCUGAGCUUGACACAAAGUCAUGCUUGUUAGUUAACACCACCUGUGGCACCUCCAGACAUGGGGAAUGUGAUAUGUGAAUGUGAUACAUCCCCAAGGAUUGUUUCCAGUGCCAGUCUGAGAGCAUGGACCAGCUGGGAGAGAGUGCUGAAAGUCUCCUGAGAGCUCACAGCAGAGGAGCUAUUUGGAAAAAACAUCAUCAUUUUCUACCACUAGCAUUAAAAAUCAAAGCAAGAAACCUGCUAUAAAAUUAUUUACAUUCUUAUUGAAAGCCAGUUUCUGUCUGGGCAAGUCCUGCAGUCCUUAGUUAAGUUUUUAAUUAGUUCUUUCCUACUUUUUUUCCAUCACUCUCUUGUGGUGGCACCACUUCUUGCCAGUGAUAUCUAUGUGUGGUUGACCAAUAGACAGUAUAAGUGGGAAGCUGGUUCCAAGAAGAGUCUUGUAUGGCUGUGGGCAUCAAGUGCAAAGCAACUAAGAAACACAGAUGGUAUUUUGUGUAAAGUGAUCUUUUUCUAAUGAAAAACUGAUGAACAAUUGUUCUGCAGCUGACGUGGGUG